AUGGCUUCAAUUCCCCCCGCCGACGAUUCCAAUCUGCUAGUUCCUGCCCCUCACAGCGCAGGGACGAGUACGAGUGCAAGUACUGUCACCCAGCGUCCCGUUCAACCGUCGCAGCAAAAACCGCAAGAAUCAUGGUCGUCCGAAUCAUCCACCAAUGCGAUUGCCUCCGAUUCGCCCUCCAAUUACUCUUCCUUUUCGAGCUCCGAUAGCGACGAGCCUCCUCCCGGCGCUGCCAAUGAGGUCGACGAAGACCAUGCCGCCGACGUGGUCGGGGUGAGUAUUGGCCGCGAGCAAAGUCGGAUGAAAGCCCGCGCCACACCCGCCGAAGAGAAAAAUAGAGUUCUGGAACAACAGGGCGGAUAUUUCACCGACGUCCCCGACGGGCUCAAUGAGGAUGGCUUGUUCGUCUCGGAGCUGACGGCUGAACCUGAAUCGGUAGAGCCCGAGGCAACGGGCGCUGAACGGGCAUCGGAGGCGACGCGCAGCAACAGGCUCCCGUUGGUCGAACGCCACGCGCCGCGAGGUCCCCACAGAGAUCAUUCCGCGCCGUUGCCAGCGAUCGUGCGUGACUCCAAGGAUUCCAGUGCGUCGGGUUCUCGAAGCAGUUUUACCCGAUCGUUGCUGAAAACUUCACUCCCUCGUCGCCCGCGUGCCUGGUCCGGUGAACUGAAGAAAUUCCUGCCCGAUUUGACCUCAUUGACCAAGCGACCCUCGCUGCCCUUUCGCUCUGCAAAUGCGCAUAACCGCGCCCGCAGCCAGACGGUAGCAACCUCGUUUAAACAGAGCCAACAGAAGGCCAGAGCAUCGUCACUGGGUCGACAGCAACGAGCGGAACCCCCAGCCGCCAACCCCAUCUCCAACGAUGAAGAAUUGGGAGACGAUGCGCAGCCGAUUUCAGAGCUGCGGGCGCUAGAUGGGAGCUCUGCUGUGAAGCAUUCAUUCUCAAGACGGCCGAGUGCCGCAAUCUCUGGACGCCCGCCGAGUUUGCGUAGAUCAUCGUCCGAUCAGUCGCUUUACUUGCGAGCCUCCUCAACGGCAUCCUCGUUGGAACAGCGGCCCCGGUAUGAGAAUGUUCAUUCACAGGUUAAUAGCCGGUUCAAGGCUAUCAAGGAUAGCUUGCAAGAUUCGAGCAGUCGUCUUCUCAGUAUGCCUUCUCUCCAUUUACAGGACAUUCGUACGGAUUGGGUUUCUCGCCCAUUCCCUUCCGUGACGAAUAUAACGGCCGAGCGAGGGACGAAUGGAUCUACGCAUCGCUCGGCGACGCCCCCGCCACCUCCACGAUAUAAUACGCAGUCCACUCAUCCUAUCCUGGAGGAAGCCAUGUCUGAAUUGACUGGGGAUGUCGUGAUUCUUGGUGGAUACCGUGGCUCAAUCCUGCGUUCUGCGAAGCCUCCUCAUCGUCAACUCUGGGUGCCGAUGAAGGUGGGAUUGAAUCUGCGAAAGGUCGAUCUGGAGGUUGGUCUUACCCGGGAGGACGAGGAGCGCAUGGAGGAGACCAUUAUACCCUCUGGUGUGCUGUCUCACGUUGGGCCCGUCGAUGUCUGUCGACGACUAAUGAAACGCCUGCGCAAAUGUGACAACGCCGUGCGUGGUGACCUUCGCGUCUGGGAUUACGGCUAUGACUGGCGAUUGAGUCCCGAUCUGCUCUCGCAGCGACUCAUCACUUUCCUCGAAGGGUUGCCAUGCAACCGGCCAGCUCCGGACGGUCAACCCCCAAAUCCCCGUCGAGGUGCGACAGUCAUUGCCCACAGUCUCGGCGGUCUGAUCACUCGGCAUGCCGUGAACAAACGGCCCGAUCUCUUCGCUGGUGUCGUAUAUGCAGGCGUGCCGCAGCACUGCGUCAACAUUCUCGGUCCCCUUCGCAACGGCGACGACGUGCUGCUCAGUUCCCGCGUAUUGACCGCGCAGGUCAACUUCACUUUCCGCACCAGCUUUGCACUGCUCCCCGAGAAUGGCCAUUGCUUCAUCGACAAGCAGACCAAAGAGGAAUAUCGCGUCGACUUCUUCAACGCUGACAACUGGGACGAGUACCAUCUCUCCCCAUGCAUCAACCCUGCUCUACCAGUCGCGCCAGCAAACACACGCUUCAAGGACUUUGCACUGAUUAGCAAGCGAUUCUCCAUGGGCCCACGAGACGACGCCCUCGAUUUCACCGCCAAUGAUCCCCUUGACUCUGCCGAUUCCAACUCCCCAACCACCACUGAUGAUGACCACCAAACCACCCGCAACACUCGUCGCGCCGUCCCCGUCCACGCCAAUUCCAUGCCCAGCCCAACCCAAGUCGCCGCCACGGCCAAAGACAAAGUAAACGACGCCCUCGUCCCAGGCGGCGUCGACAGUCUCGUCGGCCCCGGCGCAGCGCCACGCAGCAGCAGCAGCAGCGUUGCCACAAACCAAGCCGCGAAUCCCUGCACAAUUCCCCGCGCCGCCGCAAUGUCCUAUCUCCAGCGCACCCUUGCCGAAAUUAAACUCUUCAAAUCAGAGCUUUCUUUCGAACCAGCCCACCAAGCCGAGAACCGCUACCCACCGGCCGCAGUGCUUUACGGGAAAAGCGUGCCGACGCUGUACGGUGCGCGCGUCUCGUCUCGCGAGACAAUCAAGUAUCAGGAUGCGUAUGACGAUCUUGCGUUUGCGGCGGGUGAUGGUGUUUGUCUUGCUACGGCUGCAAUGUUGCCGCCGGGUUAUCGGCUUAUCAAGAAUGGGCUUGUGAAGAGUGACCGGGGGCACGUUGGGUUGUUGGGGGAUCUGGAGGGCGUUGGGCAGUGUUUAAGGGCUAUUAUUAGGGGGAGGAAGGAGGGUGUCGGGCUGGGAAGUUUGCAGAAAUAA